AUGCCAAUGCGAACGUUACAUUUAGGAGAUAAAAUGAAACAAGAGAACAUUGAAUUCGAUACUGUGUCAUAUGUCUUGGUUAUAAGUGCUUGUGCCCAAAUUGGCGGUCACAAAGGUUUAGAGAUGGGCAAAUAUUAUCAUGAACAAAUGAAAAAGUAUGGCACAAAGUGGAAUGAUGAUAUCAUACUGCAAAAUACUUUGAUCGAUCUGUAUGGUAGAAGUGGUGAUACAGACACAGCGGAGAAGAUAUUUCAUGAAAUGAAUAAACGGAACACAUCAACAUACAAUGUCCUAAUGAAAUGUUAUAAUGUUAACAAAAUGCCAAUGCAAACGUUACAUUUGGCUAAUAAAAUGGAACAAGAGAACAUUCGAUUUGAUAUUGUGUCCUAUGUCUUGAUUAUAAGUGCUUGUGCUCAAACUGGGGGUCACAAAGGUUUAGAAACGGGCAAAUAUUAUCAUGAACAAAUGAAAAAGGAUGACACAAAGUGGAAUGAUGAUAUCAUACUGCAAAAUACUUUGAUCGAUCUGUAUGGUAGAAGUGGUGAUACAGACACAGCGGAGAAAAUAUUUCAUGAAAUGAAUAAACGGAACACAUCAACAUACAAUGUCCUAAUGAAAUGUUAUAAUGUUAACAAAAUGCCAAUACAAACGUUACAUUUGGCUAAUAAAAUGGAACAAGAGAACAUUCGAUUUGAUAUUGUGUCCUAUGUCUUGGUUAUAAGUGCUUGUGCUCAAACUGGGGGUCACAAAGGUUUAGAAACGGGCAAAUAUUAUCACGAGCAAAUGCAAAAGUAUGGUGGGAAGUGGAAUGAUGAUAUAGUAGUAAAAGGUGCACUUAUCGAUCUGUAUGGUAGAAGUGGUGAUAUAAAAAUGGCGGAGAAGAUAUUUCAUGAAAUGAAUAAACGGGGUACAACAAUAUGCAACGUCUUAAUGAAAUGUUAUAAUGUUAACAAAAUGCCAAUGCAAACGCUGCAUUUGGCUAAUAAAAUGGAACAAGAGAACAUUCGAUUCGAUGUUGUCUCCUAUGUCUUGAUUAUAAGUGCUUGUACUCAAAUUGGGAGUCACAAGGGUUUAGAGAUGGGCAAAUAUUACCAUGAACAAAUGAAAAAAGAUGGUGCGAAGUGGAAUGAUGAUAUAAUACUACAAAAUACUUUGAUCGAUCUGUACGGCAGAAGUGGUGAUACAGACACAGCGGAGAAGAUAUUUCAUGAAAUGAAUAAACGGAACACAUCAACAUACAAUGUCCUAAUGAAAUGUUAUAAUGUUAACGAAAUGCCAAUGGAAACGCUGCAUUUAGCUGAUAAAAUGAAACAACAAAAGCUGGAGCUUAGUGCUGUGAGCUACACUUUGGCGGUGAAUGCAUGUGCUCAACUGGGUUUAACAAAAUUGGUCAAAGAUCUUUAUGAAGAAACUCGAGCGAAAUAUAAAAAUUAUUUAAUGGUCGAAUCAGCAUUUGUAGACGCCUUUUCCAAAUGUGGAGAUAUCGGCAUGGCUAAAACUAUCUUCAGAAACAUGAAAGAGUAUGACGUUGUGGCUGUCACAGCGAUGAUCAACGGUUUUGGUUUAAACGGUCAUGGAUUAGAAGCGAUUGAUUUGUUUCAUAAAAUGACACAUGAACUUGGUCUUGUCCCAGACGAGCAGACAUAUGUUUGUGCUAUUAAUUCCUGUAGUCAUUCCGGAUUGAUUAGCGAAGCAAAGACGAUAUUCAGAUCGAUCGAUCACAAAAAUGAACAGAUUUAUACAGCAAUGGUUGAUACAUUAGCUAGAAUGUUUCUAUUCGAUGAAGCUCAAUAUCUGAUUGAACAAUAUGAAGAAAAAAAUAAGCCGUAUCUUCCCAUGUAUAUGGCAUUAUUAUCUGGUGCUCGAAAGGAUCGAAAUAGUUCCAGGGCACAAGACAUUUAUGAUCGAAUGCGUUCACUUGAUGUGACUGAUAAGAAUUCUCUUGCAGCUGCAGCAGUAUUAUUAGCCAACACAUAUGCCGGACAAGGUUAUUAUAAUGAAUCAAUUCAAAUCAAAGAUGAGAUGAUUCGGGAUGGUUUGAAAAAAGUAAUGGGCCUUAGUUGGACAACAGUGAAUGGACUAGUUCACUACUUCAAAGCUCAUGAUCGACGCCAUCCAAGAUCAGAUGAAAUAUACAAAAAAGUAGAUGAGCUGGCUGAAGAAGCUAAGAAAGAUGGCUAUGAGUAUGACAGAAGAUGGGUAAUGCGUGGAUCAGAUUCACGUGAAAGCGAUGAGUUAUUGUUAUGUGGACAUUCAGAAAAGUUGGCAAUCGCGUUUAAUUUUGUGGCAUCAUUAUCCAGACCUGUAGAAAGAAUUCAAGUGGUAAAAAAUUUACGAGUGUGUGGAGAUUGUCAUGAGUUCACGAAACGAAUAUCUAAACUUAGAAAAUGUGAAAUUAUUGUUCGUGACAGACAUCGUAUACAUCAUUUCCGUGGUGGAAAUUGCUCAUGCUCAGACUAUUUUUAA